AUGGGCCACAUGAUUGGGAGAAACACAACCAAAGCCCAAGAAUGUAAUGUUCAAUUACUUGGCCCAACAGAAAACAUUGAGUUGAACUUCAAUCCAAAGAUGUUGCCACAACAACUUGAGUUGUUGGUGUGCAAAACUAUUGUUUUGAUUUCCCCUCAGGUAGAAGGUGAGGCAGUGGAAGUGGAAGCCAUAAUAGGAAAGAGUAGCUGA